CAUACACAACUCGGGGUCGUUGUGCCGUCCCUCCGCGCACUCACACCCGUUACACCAUUUUCCUUGGAGCAUCAUCAGUAAGAGACGCUGCAGCAUCUCCUUGAGUUGAGCAUCGACCGACACCCCAGCACGAAGUGGACGAAGGUGUCCAUUGAAUACAGAUUCAUCAAAACAUUAUGGAAGGUACAACGGCUACGAUCGGGCAGCCAACGACUGCUGAACCGGAAUGGAAGACACAACAACAGGAGGGUACCAUGGGCAGCGCUGGUCGAACGCCUCCUCCGGGUGCCCCGGCAGGAGGCGAAUGGGUUCAAGAGAGAUACUGCGGAUGUUGUGAAAGCUGUGUGAAGCUGAUAUGUUGCUGCCUGUUUUGCUACACGCCCUUCGACUCUAGAAUGGUGUACGUGGUAGAAGGGAAGAAGUACAAGGCGGCGGCGUAGUAGAAGGCAUCUCUUACGCGCGACGUGAUGGUGGCCUAGACAUGAAUUUUGCUCUGUGUCGUUCGAGAUUUGGCGCAAGUAUGUAAUGGUGCCGUCCCUGAGUAACACGUGAAGACACGUCAGCCGGUUGUCGUGCCGUCGUCGUCUUGCCCCGGCAU